GGAGGCUUUGUUACGAUUUUCAUGUCUAAGUUGGACUUCAUAAACCCAAUUUGGAGUCACACAUCAAAUGUAAUGGACUCGGUGUGAGGAUUUAUAUAGAAUUGACCAAUUUAAGGUGGAAUUAGGUUCGAUUAGUAUUAAUGUACCAACUUAGCGGGGACUUGGUGUGAUUCUAUUAAUUUGCGAAUGAUGUUGCUGACUUGCUGUUGUUUCUACCUUUUUUCAUACUAUACAAAUACUAUUGAAUUACCCCUUUGAACAACGUUAACUCAUCAUACCUUGUUGUUUGUUUCCAUUCCAAAUCAAUGUUUCUCACAAGACGUAAACAUGUCUUACAUUCAAUCCACCAAUCCUUCUAUUCAAACUCACGCACUCUCACCAUCUCCACCACUCACAUUCACCUACAACAACCACUUCUACAAAUGGCCCUUACUGGCUUUAACAUGAAGUUUCAAAACUACUACGAACUCUUGAACGAAUGCGUGCAUAAAAGGGCAUUCAGAGAAGGCCAGAGAGUCCAUGCCCACAUGAUUAAAACCCGUUAUUUUCCUCCACUGUUUCUCAGAACAAGGUUGAUUGUAUUUUAUACGAAAUGUGACUCUUUGGGUGAUGCUCGCCAUGUGUUUGAUGAAAUGCAUGAACGGAAUGUUGUGUCGUGGACUGCUAUGAUUUCGGCAUAUUCUCAGAGAGGGUAUGCCUCUCAAGCUUUGAAUCUUUUUAUUCAAAUGUUAAGAUCAGGUACGGAACCUAAUGAGUUCACUUUUGCUACAGUGCUCACUUCAUGUACAAGUUCUCUGGGUUUUAUUUUAGGGAGGCAAAUCCACUCUCUUAUCAUAAAAUCAAAUUAUGAAGAUCAUGUUUUUGUUGGCAACUCACUCAUUGACAUGUAUGCCAAAGAUGGUAAAAUUCGUGAAGCUCAAACAGUGUUUGAAUGCUUGCCAGAAAGAGAUGUAGUUUCUUGUACUGCUAUAAUCUCUGGAUAUGCACAACUUGGUUUGGAUGAAGAGGCAUUGGAGCUAUUUCGCCGUUUGCAAGGGGAAGGAAUGCAAUCAAAUUAUGUUACUUAUACUUGUGUUAUAACUGCGCUUUCUGGGCUUGCUGCUCUAGAUCUCGGAAAACAGAUGCACAACCAUGUUCUUCGCUCUGAAAUUCCCUCAUUUGUGGUUCUCCAAAACUCAUUGAUUGACAUGUACUCAAAAUGUGGAAAUCUCACUUACUCAAGAAGGAUAUUUAACACCAUGUAUGAGAGAACUGUUAUGUCUUGGAAUGCAAUGCUUGUUGGGUAUAGCAAACAUGGAGAGGGAAGAGAAGUGCUUGAGCUUUUUACUUUAAUGAGAAAAGAAAACAAAGUCAAGCCCGACAGUGUCACAAUUUUGGCUGUCUUAUCUGGUUGCAGUCACGGAGGACUGGAAGACAGGGGACUGAAUAUUUUUCAGGAGAUGACCAGUGGAAAUUUUGGAGUUUUGCCAAUGAUGGAGCACUAUGGGUGUGUUGUUGAUUUGCUUGGUCGUUCUGGUAGAGUAGAAGAAGCUUUUGAAUUCAUUAAAAAAAUGCCUUUUGAACCAACAGCUGCUAUAUGGGGUUCCCUUUUAGGUGCUUGCAGGGUACACUCAAAUGUUGACAUUGGUGAAUUUGCAGGUCAUCAACUUCUCGAAAUUGAGCCUGGAAAUGCUGGGAAUUAUGUUAAUCUGUCUAAUUUAUAUGCGUUGGCAGGAAGAUGGGAAGAUGUAAGAUCACUAAGGGACCUCAUGUUGAAGAAGACAGUAACAAAAGAGCCCGGAAGAAGCUGGAUUGAGCUUGAUCAGGUACUUCAUACUUUCCGCGCAAGUGAUCGCUCUCAUCCAAGACGAGAAGAGAUAUGUGUGAAAGUGAAGGAAUUAUCAGUUAAGUUUAAAGAGGUUGGUUACGUUCCUGAUUUGAGUUGUGUUUUACAUGAUGUGGAUGAAGAGCAGAAGGAGAAGAUACUUCUAGGCCACAGUGAAAAGUUGGCUUUGUCUUUUGGUCUAAUUGCUACACCUGAAAGUGUUCCAAUUCGUGUCAUAAAAAAUCUGCGUAUUUGUGUUGAUUGCCAUAACUUUGCUAAAUAUAUCUCAAAAGUCUAUAGCAGAGAAGUGUCUUUACGGGACAAAAAUCGGUUUCAUCGAAUUGUCGAAGGGAAAUGUUCCUGUGGAGAUUACUGGUAAGAAGACCCUGAUAGAGAGCACUCAAUGACUAGGUUCUUGGUACUGUGCAAUUUAUGAGGUGAAACAGAGGAAGAUGGAUGAAAAAGGAAACAUUGGCCUGCCAAAAGUGGGAUGUAACUUAUGAGAAGAUUCAAAGUAGUAUGACAAUCGGGUCAUAAAGAAUUCAAAUGC